AGAUUGAAGUAAAAGCGGGAAAUUGUGCACAGCUUCAAAAGACUUUUACUAAUAUCAUUGUAUGCUUCAUAUAAAAUGUGUGAUAUUGGAAAUUUGAUUGAUUUAACAGGUUGGGAUGAGCCUGUUAAAGAAGAAACAGUCGUUGAAGAUAUUCCAAUUCAAUCAAACAGUUUUAAAGGUCCGUACGAUCCUUUUGAUUCAAUCGAAAAAGAAGCCUGCAUCAAGGGCGAACACUUUAAAAAUGAUGCCCAGAAUACACCAACUACAAUAAUUGAAGGCCAAAGCGAUAACAAUGAGUCUUCGCCUGUUAUUAUAGAAUCUGAACCGAGAAACGCAGAUACUAUCAGUAACUCUUCAGUUAGCAAUGAGUCGCGUCACCGGACUCUCCAGCAGCUUGCCAAGCUGAAUGCAACCAGACUGUCAAAUAUGAAUACACCAACGCAUAAUCAGCUGGUAAAUGUUGGCACGAAUGGAAACAGCUCCUAUUUUAAUAGUUGCUUUCUAAGCGAGAAUCUGCAAAUGAUUGCAGCGGAAUCGCCAGUUAAGCUAAUAGAAGAUGAGCCCAAUCCAAUUCCAAUCACUAUGUCAACUACAGAUCUGCCUGACUAUACAUGUUCCAACACGGAAUUCGAAGUGCGAUUAAAGCAGAUGCGCAUCGCUAUGUUGGGCUCACCAGCGAAAACCGUAGCACCAGAACCUCUCCCAACACACACAACAACAAAGAAUUCUAACAAUACUCCAGCAGAGAUUGAAAGGCUUUGGCAAGAAUUGAAAUCUCUGGUUUGUGCGCACGUUGAGGUAUCUAAAAGGGAACAGUUUAAUGUGGUAAUUGAAUCGCUACGUGCAGCCAUGCACAGCAAUGAUCCAGCUGUAGAAGAUGCCGGCCAGACGGCUAAAGAAUCUCCACGUAUGUAUACACGGCAAGGAACAUUUGAUUUAGAUCUAGAGCAACAGCGAAGGAAAACUGAUAUGGUAGAUCAUUUGAAGACAAAUGGAAAUAUACAAGAGUUUCCCGAUGUGAUGACUUGCUCUUCAGCUACAUACGAUGCGGAGUCAGCUGACAAUCCAAUGACUCCGAUUAAAGAAACUGAAUUUAAGAAAAAACCAGACUCGUAUGUGACCGAAGUAGUUAAUGAUAAUAAUCUAGCUCUGCAAAUCAAUCAACUCUUGGAACGGCACAAUCUUACUAAACCGCAGACUAAUGACAAUGAGCACCAGCAUCACGAGUCGGAAACAAAUCAGCAUUCAUCUGGCCAAACUGUAAUAUUAGUUGUAAACUCCACGGGCGGCAGUCAAUUGCCCAACUGCAUAGUGCAUCCGUCGACAAUCAGAGGAGCCAACACAGCUGCCAAAAAUGACAACGACAACACAUUGCGUCGACGUUCAUCUUCGUUGUCCAUUCACGACAAGGCCAAACAGGAGCGAUCGAAAGCAAUAAUUAAGCAAGCGUCCAUCGAAGGCAACAUCAGUCAUAUUGUGCCUCUGAAGGAACUGUCGACUGUGGGUGAUAAAUUUAAUGCUAUGUCGUCGUUUAGGCAACGUCGCAACUCCUUUUCCAUCGCAUCAACAAUUGGUAAAGGGCAUACGCCUGCUGUUUCUGCCAGCCAAGCCAGAAGCCAAAUGGCUGGCCGCACCAAAGUGGCGGCCAUAAACGAAUCGGUUAUGAAACUGAAUGCGACUUCUAAAGCGAACAAACCUGUUAAACGCGUUGUGCCCAUGGUAAAGCCCUCGCUGGAACUCACUGAUAUUACACAUUUGAAUUCAACGACGCCUCGCUGCAACGUCCAGGACACGCCUCUGGCCACAAAAGGCAAGACAGCCAGCAAACUGUUUUGCACCAGCACACCCAUGCCACAAAUGCGUCCACUACAGCGUCGCUCCUUGAAGCCAAUGAGCAGCUAUUCCGGCUCCUGUGCUACCACUUCAACUGUGCGACCGCCGAACUACUCGAAGAAAACUGCCCAAUGAAAUGCCAGCCAAUAUGUGAUGUGCUUCGAUAAAAAUGAUUUAAGCUAAAUUAUAAGAAUCCGUCCGUUUUUGUUCUAUAUAAUGUAUACGAUUGGCAGCAAAAGGCAUGGCCAAACCCAUUAACUAUUUAUACAUUGAAUUCUUGAUCACAACGACGGGCUGAGCUGAGCUGAUUUAGCCACGUCCGUCUGUCUUGUUUCAUUUCGAAAACAUUAUUCCUACAUAUUUAUAAGACGUAAAGAAUAUGGAAAAGUAAAUGUUAUUCCGAAUUGACAUUGAAU